GCCCAGCUCAAUCACAGCGGGGUGGACUCUGGAGGUGGUUGGUCUGAGGCUGCGCGACUCUCGGAGUUCCCACGGUCCUGCUGUCCGAGAGACAGUCACCCACCCGCCCAGGUAAUCGCGGGCCCCCCAGGAGGACCCACGCCACACGAGAGGAAAGCAUUGCUGACUGGAUCUUGGAAAGCUUCCGGGCAGCUGAACUGAAGCUAAAUAACUGACACUGUGGUGCAGAAUGAUCUGGAAAGCGGCUGUGCUUCUCAGCCUGGUGCUGGGUGCUGGUGCUCUCCCGGUUGGUGUGGAUGAUCCUGAGGAUGGCGGCAAGCACUGGGUGGUGAUUGUGGCGGGCUCCAAUGGCUGGUAUAAUUACCGGCACCAGGCAGACGCAUGCCAUGCCUACCAGAUCAUUCACCGGAAUGGGAUUCCUGAUGAGCAGAUCAUAGUGAUGAUGUAUGACGACAUUGCCAACUCUGAAGACAACCCUACUCCAGGCAUUGUGAUCAACCGGCCCAAUGGCGCAGAUGUGUAUAAAGGAGUCCUGAAGGAUUACACUGGAGAGGAUGUGACUCCGGAGAACUUCCUGGCCGUGCUGAGAGGCGAUGCAGAGGCUGUGAAGGGCAAAGGCUCUGGAAAAGUCCUGAGGAGUGGUCCCCGGGAUCAUGUGUUUGUUUACUUCACUGAUCACGGAGCAACUGGACUCCUGGUGUUCCCUAGUGCGGAUCUUCAUGUCAAGGACCUGAACAAGACUAUUCGCUAUAUGUAUGAACACAAAAUGUACCAGAAGAUGGUGUUCUACAUUGAAGCAUGCGAGUCUGGCUCCAUGAUGAACCACCUCCCCGAUGACAUCAAUGUUUACGCAACUACUGCCGCCAACCCCAAGGAGUCAUCUUAUGCCUGCUACUAUGAUGAGGAGAGAAGCACAUACCUGGGUGACUGGUACAGUGUCAACUGGAUGGAAGACUCCGACGUGGAGGAUCUGACCAAAGAGACACUCCACAAGCAGUAUCACCUGGUGAAGUCCCACACCAACACCAGCCACGUCAUGCAGUAUGGGAACAAAUCGAUCUCUGCCAUGAAAGUGAUGCAGUUUCAGGGUAUGAAGCACCAAGCGAGUUCCCCUAUCUCUCUGCCUCCGGUCACACGCCUUGACCUCACCCCCAGCCCAGAGGUGCCCCUGGCCAUCCUGAAAAGGAAGCUGAUGAGCACCAAUGACCUGCAGCAGUCCCACAAACUCAUGGGACAGAUCCAGCAGCUUAUGGAUGCCAGGCACGUCAUUGAGAAGUCUGUGUACAAGAUUGUCUCCCUGCUGGCAGGGUUUGGGCUCUCUGCUGAGAGCCUCCUGUCGGAGAGAGCCAUGCUCACAGCACAUGAUUGCUACCAGGAAGCUGUGACCCACUUCCGUACACACUGCUUCAACUGGCACUCCCCCACGUACGAGUAUGCCCUGAGGCAUUUGUAUGUGCUGGCCAACCUCUGUGAAAAGCCAUAUCCAAUUGACAGGAUAAAGAUGGCCAUGGACAAGGUGUGUCUUAGUCACUACUGAACAGCUGCCUCCCCAGCGCUGCGUGAGGAGUGAACACAGUCCAUUGGAAUGUGUCCCAACCGGAGACUGGAAGGGUGGAGCCCGAGGCGGUACCUAAGCCCAGCUCCCCGGGAAUGCUGUCAGCCCCUCCCAGGAAUUGCUUUCUGAUGAUACUGACCCACUAAGAAGCCAGUUCCGGUGGGAAAGCUCCCUGGAGAAAGGAACUUUUGCUUCUUAGGAGUUUUGUUUUUUGUUUUCUUGUCCAUUAGCUUUCAAGAGAAAAUUCACUGUGGCUUCUGUAGCCAUUGAAGGAAUCUUCUGAGAAAUUGGAAACUGAAACCUCUCCAUCUCCACAGUGAUUUUCCUGAAGAGGGCUGUAAGCCUCGAAGGGAGAAUUAUUUUUAGAAAAAUAUGAUUUUUGAUUGCUUUUGUAUUUUAUUCUGUGAUAAUGGAUGUAUUAAAAAAUAAUUGGUAAAGUGAGACGUUUGUUUCUGG